AUGGCCAUGGCUCCUGACUUGAGUGCCGAUUCCAACUCUAAUAUGUCACGACCUCAUGCGGCAACAACGGCACCCGCUAUGGCGUCGCAGUCUCCAACACCCCGGCAGCCAACACACAGCCCUCAUACCGCUGCAGCAUUCCUGCCCCCAGGAAGUCCACCACUGGGAACGGGAGAUUAUGGCAUCACACGUACUGCCCAGGAACAAGGGCCAUUGCGUCAUCCUCAGCCGCUGACACCUUCGGAUCUCCAUCUAGUGCUUGAGAAAGAGCAAGAAGCAAUGGUAAAUCGAUUGACCCGAGAACUAUCUAUUAUCCGCCAGCAGACAGCAUCUGUGGCAUCGACAGCAUCCUCAACCUCGACAUUUAAUGAGGCAGAUGGCGCACGAGCAUCACCUACCCUCAGCAGUUCAACCCGAUCUCACUCCGCCCGACGAAACCGUUCCAAUUCGAGCCUCAGCUCAAACCAGGGCCCGCAGUCUGCAAGUGUCACUGGGAUUGCUCCCUCACGAGAGAUUCCAUAUCGCCCAGCAGACCAUUCUCGAACGGCUCGCAGUCGCGAGCCGUCCAUUACAUCUCGCCGACCCUCUAUCGGGUCAUCCUCGUUUCCCCACAAUAACAGCAGCAUAUACCCACAUCGAAGCUCAGUAUCACAGACCCAGUUAGGAAAUUCACCUGGAAGCUCGCUGUCGCGGUUUGAAGAGGCCACACAUCACAGGUUGGAGGUGGAAUAUAUGAAGCGGGAGAACGAACAGCUCAGGAGGCGGGUGCGGGAUCUGGAGCAGAUUUUAAAGAGGCAAAAGGAGGAAUCGGCAGGUGAGGCUUCUGCCACAUCAUCUGAAAGAAUCAUCGAUGCCUGA